AUGGAGGAGGAUUCAGGGUGCCCGACUAUGCAGAGCCAAUCGCAAGAGAUGCGGGUAUGUGAUGGUCCUGAAGAAGAGUUUCACAGCUCCAGGAAAGGCUUUGUGAAGGAUACCUUCGACGUAGGCUUGAAGGAGAUGAUGCAAGGGCAUCACGACAUCCUUCUGACGAUGCUUGACAGGCAGCAGGCCGUGCUGGAUGAUCUGCAGCGGUGGACCCGCGAAGUCCGCCAGCCACCGGGCCUGCGCAUCGGCCGACCAGGAGCCAGGCGAGAUGGCACCGUUUCAGCUCAGCCCAGCCUGAAGGGAAGCGAGAAGUCGAUGGAGCAGCCGCCCCCAGCCACCGAUGUGCCUGAGGAGGGACCGGCAAAAACGCCGCGUCUCGCCACGCAAAUCCAGGCACGCACGGCCAAGGUGAAGCAGGGAGCCAAGGGUGUCUCAGCGGGACAGAAGUUGCGGAGCUUUGUGUCCGAGGGACCUCUCGAUCUGCUUGCUGGCAUCGUCAUCCUCAUCAACACGGCAGUGCUUAUUCUGGAACAGGAGAUCCGAGGCGAUGCAGCUGGGAGGUGGCUUGACGCCCUGCUGGCGGGCAGCCCCACCCCCAGCAUGGAAAGACCUGCGGUUCUCGCUAUACUUGAGUACGCCUUCCUCGUCUUCUACGUCUUCGAGUGUCUGCUGCGAAUUGCCGUCCUGCGGAGGGACUGGUUUUACACGGCAGCAGCUGGCUUCAUGUGGGGCAACUAUCUGGAUGGCCUUAUUGUCCUUUUCGGCGUUGCAGACGUGGUGAUUGCCGUGCUUAUCAACGGCGAUGCUGAAGAAGCGACCUUCACUGUCCUGUUGGUCCGCCUUGUGAGGCUCGUGAAGGUCGUGAAGACUUUGCGUUUGGUUCGCGUCAUGCAGCUGUUUGUCCAGCUUCGGGGCAUGGUGGACACAUUCCUCGCCAGCUUGAUGGCGCUUUUCUGGUCCAUGAUCAUGCUCUUGGUGUGCAUGUCCAUUGGUGCCUUGGUGUUGUGUGAAGCGUGCAUGCCGCUCCUGCAAGAGAUGUCCCUCCAAACCGCAGAGUGGGUCUUCGGCAAGUACGGCACCUUCUUCCGGUCCAUGUUCACGAUGUUCGAGAUCACCUUCUCCGGAGGCUGGCCGAGUUCCGUACGACCUCUGGUGGAUGACGUGAGCAUCUACUUCGCCGUGCCUUGCCUGCUCUACGUGGUCUUCAUCGUCUUCGCGGCGCUCCGCCUGAUCACCGCGCUCCUCGUCCGCUCCACCAUGCAGGCCAUGUCCAACGAUGCCGCCAUGGCCGUCCUGGAGCGGCAGCAGCGGUCGUCAGAGCUUCAGAGCAAGCUGAGAAUGAUCUUCGAGGACGGGGACCUGGAUGGAAACCAGGCCCUCACGCUGGCGGAGUGGGAGCGGCUCCUGGAGCACCGGGAGAUCGUGCAGUACCUGAGCGUCCUCGAAGUUGAUGUGCACGACGCAAAGAUGCUCUUCCACAUGCUCGAUGACGGGGAUGGCCUUCUCACGGUGCAGGAGUUCUGUGAAGGCGUCCCGAAAGUGAAAGGACAUGCGAAAUCCCUUGAUAUUGUUCGCUUGAUGCACGAGACUGAUGACAUCCGAAAAGAAUGCAAAGCCAUUCGCCAUGCCAUCGAAUCGCAGCUAGAACAGCAGCUAAUUUCCGUUUGCGAGUUCUCCGCCCUUCCUUUUCCAGUGCAUGGGAUGCCAGUCGACUCUAGCUUCGGUGGAUGGGCCAAGAAGGAGAAGCCCCUUCCGCCACCGUGUGAGACACCCGAGUACGAGGGCAUGAUGAAUGCACCAGUGUUCACGGCGCCGCCCUGGGAAGGACAGGCAAAGCCCACGGACGACGACGCCAAUGAGAUGGAUAAGGAGAUAGACCAGCGCAUCAUGCAGGCACAGACCUUGCGCUUCUGCAAGCGAAACGUGCUGGAGGUGAAGAAGGAUCUGGUGCGCUGUAAGCUCUGCUACAAGACGCUUCCCAACACCUGGGCCUGUGAGGAGCACAUCAGCAAGGAGCACGAGGAAGAUUUCCAGAAGGAGCAGAAGAUUUGGGAGCGAUUCCUCUUCACCACCUGCAAGCGGCAGCCGCCCUUCGGCUGGGUCUGCAAGAUCUGUUCCAUCUUCUUCGCCUCCGAUGGCCAGUGCUGGCGCCAUGUGGGCAAGGAGGUGUACAUCAGGCACGAGGAGCGCCACAUGGGCAUGUGGCACGAGAAGGAGGACCGCUGGGGCCACGCAGAGGACGAAGAGUGCUGUGGUGAUGGCAUGAACGUCGGCCGAGGCCGUUGCAGAUUUCGGGUGGGGUUUCCGCGCUUACCCUAA